AUGCUCGGCCGGGUUUCUCAUCUGCUACUCGCGGCGUUGGCUGCAGUCAGUGUUAUCGCUACUUCCCCGUCCGCAGACGAUGAGCUUCGUGCGUUCUUCGCCCGCGAGGGCGCAGCCGUCAAGCCUCUGAAUCUCGGAAGGAGGUCGGCUGCGUCGUCUCAGACGCGACACUUGCGUCCCAAUUACGACGAGCCUGUGGCGAAGCGGUCAAAACGGGACAUCGCCCCGCCCGAUGUUGGGCAGGUCGCCGACUUCGGUGGCCAAGACCCUCAGCCAAUUCGCAACGGAAAUGGCGACACAUACCUUGCGAACAGCAACCACGAGAUCGAUGCACAGAACCCGGACAACGUUGCUGCACCACCCACGGAUGCAGGGACGGUGCCGAACUUGAAGUGGUCUAUGUCUCUGUCCCACACGCGACUGCUCAAGGGUGGAUGGGUGCGCGAGCAGACGAUCACUGAUCUUCCGCCAUCCAAGGACAUCGCUGCGGCUGAGCUCAGGCUCUCACCUAAUGCCUACCGCGAACUCCACUGGCAUCGCGUGGCUGAGUGGGGAUACAUCCUCAACGGCACCGGUCGCAUCUCCGCUAUAGACGACAGCGGCAGGAGCUACAUCUCCGACAUCAAGGGUCCUCUCAACGGCACCGAUCCGGACAUCUACUACUUCCCUCCUGGCGUCCCACACUCUAUCCAGGCGCUCGACGAGGGCCUCGAGAUUCUCCUGAUCUUCACGGACGGCAACUUCGAUGCCAGCGGCACGACGUUCAUGCUCUCGGAUUGGCUCGCACACACCCCGCUCGAGGUCGUCGCGCAGAACCUCGGCGUCAACACGAGCGUCCUGAGCGGCAUCCCGCAGAAGGACCCUUACAUCCUUGAGAGCACGGUGCCUCCGCCGCAGUUCGGGCACUCUGGCGACCAGGCCGUGUCCGACCCCAACGGGAACGUGCCGUCGCCCUACGUCUUCCACCUCGACCAGCAAGAGAAGAAGGUCGCCCCUGGUGGCGGAGGAUGGGUGAAGAUCCAAGACUCGGCCACGAACUUCCCCAUCUCGACGUUGCUGGCCAGUGCACUUGUCUUCGUGGAGCCUAAUGGGUUGCGUGAACUUCACUGGCACACCAACGAUGAGUGGUUCUACGUGAUCAGCGGACACGGUCGUGCCACGGCUUUCCCUGGUGGCAGCUCUGCCCGGACGUUUGACUUCCAGCCUGGCGACACCGCGGUGUUCCCCGUUUCGUACGGUCACUACGUCAAGAACCUUUCACCGACCGAGCCCCUCAUUUUCCUCGAGCUGUUCAAGGCCAGCAAGUUUGUCGACUUCAGCGCGACUCAAUGGCUGGCUCUCACACCGAGGCAGGUCGUCGCCGACCUCCUCAAGGUCCCGGUUUCUGUUGUCGAGGGCUUCGCCAAAGAGAAGCAGAUCAUCGUCUCGUAA